GCCUGCAGAAACCUUGAUCCUUUCUUUUUCACAUCUUUUAUUGAUCCGACAUUUCCCCAAAACAAAAAAACUUUUAUUUACCCCUCAGGGUUUUGAAGAUCUAAAUUCUCGAUAAUCUCAAACCCUAGUUUCAUUUAUUCACUCAUCAUCACUUUCCCCAGUUUCUCUUCAGCGAUUUCACCAAGAUUUCUCAGCAGAAUUUGUUGACAAGUUUGGUGAGGUAGCAGAGGUUGUUUGGGAGUUGGUCUGUGGUUUGUUCCUUCUUCUUCUCUUUCCAAUUUAAAAAAAAAAACCCUAAUAAUCUAUCUUCUUUAGUUUUCGUUAGUGCCCUUAUAAUCAUUAGGGCUUUAUAUUGCACAAUCGAUAUAGAUUUCUCUUCUUUCACAGCUCAAACCCUCUUUUCUUUUGUUCCGUUACAAUACAAUGGAAACCCUAACUAAUUUUUCUGUGUCACCCCUUACCAUAUUCUUUCCGAUGUUUGUGAUUAUCUAUCUAAUUGCUUACUAUGGGGUAUUUAGAAAUUGGAACCCUAAGUACAGACCAGAAGCAUCAAGUUGUUUGAUAUCAUUAGCUCAUGGAACACCUGCUUUUUUCUUAGCGAUUAUUGCUAUAGCAAACCAAUCGCAGUCGCAACGAGGUUUUGCGUCUCCCAACACUGAGCUGCAGAAUAUUGUUCUUGAUUAUAGUAUUUCGUAUUUUACGAUGGAUUUGAUUCAUUAUUUGGUUUUUAACCCGAAUGAUGUGCUGUUUAUUGGGCAUCACUUGGCGACGUUGUUUGUGUUUGUAACGUGCCGGUAUUUGGUAUCUCAUGGAGCGUUCGCUAUAUUGAUUCUUCUGGGGCUUGCUGAAGUGACGAGCUUUUGUCAGAAUACUUGGACUCUUGCUGGUGUUAGGAAGAAUGACGUUGCUGCUGCUGGGAAAUUAUAUGAAUUCUUGUCGCCUCCGUUUUAUGCGUUUUACUCAGUUGUUAGAGGUAUUGCAGGGCCUGCUUUUGUUUAUAAAAUGGGAGCUUUUUAUUUGUGUGGUGCUGCUGAUAAUGUGAUCCCUAGGUGGCUUGUGGUUUCAUGGUUGGUUGUCGUUGUGGUUGCGAUUUCAGUGAGUAUCUUGUGGGUUGCAAAUCUCUGGGUAGAUUUGUUUAAACAAAGGUCAGGGAAAAUGGAGAAGAAAGUGAGAUAGAAGAAGUUGGUUUUUCUACUUUGAUUCUGCUAGGUUAGACACAAUUAUCAUAUGGGUUCCAAAAUUUGAUGAAUGAACCUGCAGUAGUUUAGUGGGUUCUUCAAUCUUCACACAUUGUAAUUACUCUUACUGCUGAUUUCAAUUGAUAAUAAAAGUUUCUGGCUUUCUGCCUUUCUUGUGUUA